CAUGUUCUUACGUUAGUUUUACUUUUAAUACUUGCAGGACUUUCACCUGACACGACGUGUCUCUGCUCUUCUGUUGUAUUUGAUUAAAGUAAAUGUGUCUUCUACCAGCAGGGUGUUUUAUUUUGAAGGGCAGCCGUGAAGACAGAUUCAUGUGUUCACUGAGGCCGAGGACGUUGGACCUUCAGCUCACCACACGUCAGCCAUUCAGCAUUAACCUAAUCCUGCUUUACUUUUCUCCAGUGGAAGCGAGACGCGGAGCAAGUUCUCGGUCCCGGUGAUGGCGAGCUGGUGGACGGCCGUGGACAGGCUGGACAGGCUGGACAGUCUGGGCACGGAGGACAACUCCAUCAUGUCCCGCAUGAUCCAGGCUGUCGGGCUGUUUGGAGACAUUCUGUCCCUCGAGGACACGAUGGAGCCCAUGUUCUCUGGGGUCAGGAGAAGCUCUGACAGCAAAGAAGAAGAAGAAGAAGAAGAGAUGCUUGGACAAGCACCGGUCCAAGGAGCAAUGAAGACGAUGAUGAUGAUGGAGGACAACAAAGACGGGAAGGUGGAGAAUGAAGGAGACGCUCCACAGGGACAUGAGGAGGAGAGGAAACAUCAGAAGGACGGACAAGAGGGCGAGGAGAUGAUAAAGGGAGCAAACGAGGAGAAGAAAACUGAAGAAGUGGAAGAAGAGGAAGGAAGGGUAGAGAAGAAGGAGGUGGAUGAAGAGAUGGAUCAUGUUGAGGUUUUAAUGGAACGUGGACGAAUGGAGGAGGAGGAGGACAGAGAGGAUGAAGAAGAGGUGGAGGAAAAUGAAGAACAGAAGGAGUUGAAGGAGGGAGAGGAAGAAGAACGAGGAGAGGGUGGAGGGAUAGUUGCUGAGGAAGAGGAAAAUGAAGAUGAAGAAGUGGAGAAAGGAACGACAUCAGAGAUGCAAAGAUACAAAGAUGGAAAGAUAGGGGGAAAAGGAGAUGAAGACACAGUGGAGAAGGAAGGAAGGAUGGAUGAGAAUGUAGUAAAGACGGAAGGAAGUGAAGUAAAGGUGGAUGUAAAAGAAGAGAAGGAAGAAAGGAAACAGGAAAAAGAAGAAGAAAACUCUGAAACAUCUUCAUCGUGUUCUCCUGAAACGCUGAGUCAUGAAACUUCACCGGAACGACACACAGCUCCUCGGUCGCCGCGUCGUCGGCUGCAGGGAAACGUGAUGGAGGACAAAAGACAAAAGACAGAAGGACGUCAGGCGUCAAAGUACAAAAGUGUGUCGUACAGAAGGAUCCAGAGAGGAAACACCAGACACAGAGUCGAUGCGUUUGAGGCCCUGAUGAACUUGUGAUAAAACUCUGUGUUUGUGGAGGAGGACUGACGUCGCUCACAUAAACACAAAGAAAAAAGGAUCCAGGAUCAAAUAUCAUCAAUGAAAGCAGGAAUAUGUAGGUUUAACUGGGUGGCCAGCAUUAGAUCAAACCAACGUCACCAUCAUUCAUUUACAAUUCCGUAGUUAUUUCUGUUCAAAUUGUGCAAAAACUCAACUUUUUAUGCGGAUAUGUUCAUACUAACUAAAUCGGGAGUAAAUCUGA